AGCAAGUUACUUCAAUGACUUCUAUCGAUUUGGAAAUAAUUGAUGACCCAAAGUUGGUCAAUUCAUAUCAUUCACAUAAGAAACAUAAUCAUAAUGAUCACCAUCAUUUGAAUCACCAUCACAAACACUCAUGUCAAGAGGAGGAAGAAGAAUUGCAACCUGUUGAAUUGACAACUACUCGUGUUAGAUUGGACAAUUCAACCUUGAGGAAGAUCUAUCUCUCAAAGAACAAACCAUUAUGGAAGGAAGCUGAUUUUAUCAAGAUGAUCAUAAUGAUUGCCAUGAUUUUUGUCAUGUUUGGUGCUGAACUUUCUGUUGGUAUCUUGGCUGCAUCUUUAACACUUCUGGCCGAUUCGUUCCAUAUGCUUUCAGAUGGAAUUUCUCUAAUUGUUGGUGCAGCAUGCAUUUGGUUGGCUAAGAAGGGACCUACUGCAAAUAUGACCUUCGGUUUUGGAAGAGCUGAAACAUUGGGUGGUUUAAUUAAUGCUGUGUUUUUGGUGAGUGUUGUGCUGUAUGUGAUAAUGGAAUCUAUUCAGAGAUUUUUCAUGCCAGAGAGAAUUGAGGAUCCAAUACUUGUGUUGUGUGUUGGAGGUGCUGGUUUGUUGAUUAACUUGAUUGGUCUUUUUAUGUUUUGUGGCCACCAUCCUGGACAUGACCAUGAUCAUGGACACGAACAUGACCACAAACACUCAAAGGAAGAAGACCACCAACAUGAAUCUCAUGAACACGAUCAUGAACAUACUGACCCACAAUCCAACAAUUCUCAAAAGAAAGAACACAAAGAACACAAGCACAGAUCUGAAAAUAUUUUUGGUGUUUUUUUACACAUUUUGGGUGAUUUUCUUGGCUCAGUUGCUGUCAUGAUUUCCUCUGGUCUCAUUCUCAUAUUUGACCAAAAGGAUGAGCAAGGCAAUUAUCCAAAUACAUGGGUUCUCUAUGUUGACCCAGUUCUCAGUUUAGUAAUGAGUGGAAUCAUCUUAUUCACAGCUGUUCCACUAUUGAAAUCAACAUGUAGAACCUUGUUGCAAUCAGUUCCUACAGCAGUUGACAUUCCUCAAUUGAAAGCAAAUAUAUUGGAAGUGGAGGGUGUAAUUUCGUGUCAUGAAUUGCAUGUUUGGCAACUUGCUGGAAAAACUAGCGUUGCAAGUGUUCACAUUCUAACAUCUGAAAGCAAUGAAGAGUUUAUGAGAAUUGUUAAACGAGUACAACAGAUAUUCCACAAAUUCAAUGUUCAUGCAACAACGAUUCAACCAGAGUUUAUUUCACUAAAUUCCAUGCAAGGAAAUGAAUCUCAACCUUGUCAUUUAAUUUGCUCUCCGUCAUGCUAUGAACAAUUUUGUUGUGCACCAAAUCCAGUGGAAAUGGAUAUUGUAGAUCCAUCCAAUAAAGUUUAAUAGCCCUUUAUUUAAUU